GGGAGCUGGAACGUGAGGACCCUGCAGCUCUGAGGCUGCCCGCGGCCACGGCAAAACGGAAGUCCUCGGGUCCGACCCGGCGCGCCCAGGUCGCGCCGCAGCGGAGUGGAACCUUGCAAGCGGGUGAGCAGGAGGAGGGCGCUUGGCGGUGCACCCUGCCGCCCCGCCGCGCUCGCCUCCGCGAAGACAUUCAUUUAUUAUUAGGCUUAAAAAAGCAGAACCCCGCCUUGAAGUGUUCCCCUGACCCUUCCAGCGCCUUUGGCUUCCAGGGUGCUUGAAGCGCCUCGCGUCUGAAUCCUGAGACGCUGCUGUGUGCUAUCUUUGGACACAAAACUUAAUUUGCUUUCUCUGGAGUUGGCCAAAAAUUAUUUUUCCCUUUUCGGAUGUGGACGCCAAGCCUCAUUAGCAUAUUAAGAUGGCUGUGCCGCAAGGCGCCGUCCCCGCGCUGUCCGAGUGCCAGUGCCCGAUCUGCAUGGAGAUCCUGGUGGAGCCUGUGACCUUGCCCUGCCGCCACACUCUCUGCAACCCGUGCUUCCGAGCCACCGUCGAGAAGGCCAGCUUGUACUGUCCCUUCUGUCGCCGCCGGGUCUCCUCGUGGACGCGGUACCACACCCGGAGAAAUUCUCUGAUCAACCUGGAGCUGUGGGAGCUGAUCCAGAAACACUACCCCAAAGAGUGCAAGAGGAGAGCCUCCGGGCAGGAACCGGAGGAGAUCGAUGAGGACUGUCAGCCAGUUCGUUUGUUAAGUCAACCUGGGGAAUUGAGAAGAGAAUACGAAGAGGAGAUAAGCAAGGUGGAGGCUGAACGACGAGCCAGUGAGGAAGAGGAAAACAAAGCCAGUGAAGAAUACAUACAGAGACUGCUGGCAGAGGAGGAGGAGGAGGAAAGGAGACAAACAGAAAAAAGGCGAAGUGAGAUGGAAGAACAACUGAAAAACGAUGAAGAGCUGGCAAGAAAGCUGAGCAUUAAUAUUAACAAUUUCCAUGAGGAAAAUAUCUUGGCUUCUCCCUCGAAUUCCAGAAAAUCUGAUCCAGUCACAACCAAGUUCCAAGCAAAAAAAAAGAACAAAGAAAGAAACAUUGGAAAUAUACAGAAGUAUUUGUCACCUAAAUCCCAGUUUGGGUCAGCAUCACAGUCUGAAGCUGGACAGGAAGUCAGGAGGAAUUCCUUCUCUAAGGAAGUUGGUGGUAGCGGAGUCAAGAGCCCUGUGUGGCAAGACAUAGAAGCUGAAGAUAUGCCAACACUCUCUCCCCAAAUGUGCCUUGAGGCUCAGGAUCCAAGUCCAAGGUCUUCGGUGGACUCAGCAAUGCCGUGGCUCUGUGCCUAUGAUACAGAUCAGUGUCUUGAAGGCAAGGUCAAGACAAGAUCAGACAAUCAUGAUACAGAGUUGUGUGUCACACAUCAUGCAGGACGAAAAGCCAGAGUUCCCUCCACUAAGCCUGGGGACAAAGGGAAUGAGGGCAACCUGUCAGGUGGGACCCAGGUGACUGUAGACUGCACCAUGGAGACAGAAAAUGAGGAGUCUGGCCCGCUGCUCAGCAAAGAUGUUUCCAAAAGAAAACACCAGGAGCCUGCAUCUGAAGCAGCCAGGGAUCCCUGCUGCUCUGUGAAAAGGAAGAAAAUGUUCCCCAAAUCUUCUUCAGAUCAAGAGGAAACAGAGAUAAAUUUUACCCAAAAACUGAUAGAUUUGGAGCAUCUGCUUUUUGAGAGACAUAAGCAAGAAGAACAGGACAGAUUAUUAGCUUUGCAGCUGCAGGAAGAAGAGAAAAAAGAGCAAAGGAAGCCCAGCCGUGAAGAGUAUGAACUCCGAGCAGCAUCCAUGCCCCCCGACAGACUUCUGACUGCACAGAGGGAGGCGUCUGGAGAUCACAGCCUCAAAAUUCAAACAGCUGCUGAGCAUCCCAGACUGCGGAGAGGCUCCAGAGAUGAGAACUGGCAACCUUUUACAGUCCAGCUGAGGCCUUCAGUUAACGGAAGAAAGAUGCCAAAGUCUAGCAGAGAUCAUUGCAGUGUUCCUAGAAGUGCUCAGUCCCUGCAGCCUAGCAACUCACAGAAAAGUAUCUUUCAGAUGUUUCACAGGUGCACAAAGUAGAGCCUGGGUAAAGUGUUUGGGAAUCUAGGAAAGCCAGGUAGAGCAGCGCUUCUCUUUGCCAUGGAAUCGCCGUGGCCCUGUCCUGAGGUCCUGGCCCAUAGGCACUCACUGUGUUUAAAAGGGAGAGCAGACGUGUUUCUUCAAAGCCCCUCUGCGUUGCUGAUGCUGAGGUAGUAAGUUUGACCAUCCUGGAUGGAAGAAUUCCUUGGCCAGGCCUGAGACUUCAAGUCCAAUUCCAUUUCCAAGAAGUGCAUGUUUUAUGCGCUUUGUUCACCUUCUUCGGGAAUAGUAAUCCAAGGAGGAUCAUGCUGUAGCAAGUAAUUAGGGAAUACAUGUAGAAUUUAUAAAGUCUAGACUCUUGCUUUCCUUUAUCUUUACAGAGCACUUGAAAUGCAUCUGCUGUAACACUAAAGCAUUUAAUUUCUGUCUGUGAUUUAAAUAAAUGUUAUGUUACAGCAUUUCCUUUGAUUUAAAAUGGAUUAGGACCAAUGUUAAAUCAGAGUUUUCUAGAAAAUUGAAACUCAAUUGACAGAAAGGAAAGUAGAUUCUUCAUGGGUGAAGAGUUAAGAGCUGGGAUGGGGCUGAGUGAAGUAGAUCAGCUGAGUCCAAGUGCAAAGGAGCAGCUGUCUCCUGACAACAUUCUCCUUCAUCCUUUCUUUGCUAAAUGAUUACGGAAACAUUUUGCUUUUGUAGCUUUUCACACUAUAGUAUUUGAUGUCAGAAUCAAAGUGUUAGUAGCCAGGUGUGAUGGCACAGGCCUGUAACUCCAGCAGUGGGGAGGCUGAGGCAGGAGGAUCUCCUGUAGUUUGAGGCCAGCCUGAAGUACCUAGCAGAUCCCCUCCAAAAAUACCAAACCAAAUUUUGUUUCUAAGUUUUUGGAAAUGCAUAUUUCCAUUAAUUUGCUAUUCCAGAAAAACUGUAGAAUUGGAUUACACAAAAGCUUUUAUUUUGGAAUUUGAAACAACCAUGCAUUUAUAUCCUCAUCAUGUGUGUACUGGCUUUUAUUUGUAUUUAUAAGCAGAAGUAACAAGUAUGAUACGUGGGUUUUGCCCUGUCUGUCUUCUGAAAGUUAAAUCAGAAAGCAGUGAUUUCAUAUUGUGACGUUUAACUUAGAGGCUGUUGAUCUUUUGUUUCAUUAAUAUGAAUAACCUUUAGCAAACAAACAACCAUUUUAGCAUUUCUGCUGGCCUCUGGCCAUCCAUUUAGUGUAAACAGAUAGUAAAUUGCCAGCAUGAAUUUUAGCUUUAAUUUGCCAGUAUUUUUAGAUGUCACAAGUUUUUUCCUUCAAAUUUUAUAAAUUCUCUUUAUCUUUACAUACUUUGUGGCAUCUACAUGAAUAUAGAUUUGGUGAUUAUAGGUAGAAUUCUUUUGCUAAUUUUUUUUUUUUUUUUUUUUGGUACCAGGGAUCAAACUUAGGUCCUUGUGCUUGCGAAGCAGGCGGUGAAAUCACUGAGCUAAAUCCCCGGCCCCCUUUUGCUAAUUUUAAAUUUAGUUUGACAUUUCUCAGGAAAAAAAAAUUGCCCUCUGAGUAAUGAUUGUGUGAAAUGUGGUACAGUCAGAAACAAAUUCAAAUCUGUCUUAUGAAUCAAGUAUUUUUCUAAGAGAAAAUUCAACAUUUAGGGUGGGCCUUGUUGGAACUCCUCAAAUUAAAACUUAUCUAAUUAAGUCUCCCUGGAAUAGUCCAAACCAAAAAGAAAGAAAACCAAAACAGCCCAUCUUAUGUGGAUUUCUGUAUUUCUGCCCUUCACUUGUCUGUGAAGAAGUCUUCCUGACAAAAGUUGGCUUUUUGUUUUGGGGGGUUUUUUUGUUUCAUUUUAUUCUUGUUUUUUGUGUAGCUCAGGCUGGCCUGGAACUCAUGAUCCUCCUGCCUCCCCUUCCCCAGUGCUGGGAUCACAGGCGUGCGCCACCACUCCUGGGUUCAAAAGUUGGUGUUGUUUUUUUUUCAAAAGUUGGUUUUGAGAUAAAUUUUAACUUCUCUGUUAAUCUUUCUGCUCUUCCUACCAUGUAUGCCUUUUUGUUAAAAAUAAUAAAUGUUUUGUGCCAAGUCAUUAGAACAUAUGGUUAUUUUUCCUCUCACUCUACUGGGCGAACAUGAGAAUGUUGAGUUUCCAAAGGAGUACCAAAGGUUGCAGAUGUUGAGAAUAUGAUAAUUAAAAUAAUUAAUAGAUUAUUAUGUGUAUGUACUAUAUUUUAGAUAAAAAUUGCCUUUGUAAAAAUUAAAGAUUCUGCAUGACAAAAUUACCAUAGAGAAAAGCUGGAAUACAUGGCAAGCUGGGGGAAGAAAUAGUUGCAAUUCUUCCCAGAGAUUUAAUUCACUUACGUGUAACAUCUGUCAGUUCAUUCAGAAAAAGGUGAACAACUCAGAAAAUUAGCAAAGAUUGUAUUUUCAAGAAAAAUUAUUCUCAAGAAAUAUAAAUGGCUCUUAAUAAUACCAUGUAAGUAUACUUUCCCAUCUUUCACAGUAAAGGUGAAGGAUGUGGUUUGGUUUUUGAGUGGGUGGUGUGUUUUUUAAUCUUGGAAAGAGUGGGGAAACAAACAUUCUUAUGUAGCGCCUGGUGUGAAUACAAACUUGAAAAUCCUCAGGGAGGUAGUCUUGACAGUUCUCCCCCCUGGAAUUCCUUAGCACUGUCUUCAUGUGUCUGCAGAAUGAUGUACAAAAUUUGUUAAACAUUGUAAUAAUCAGUUUAUAAACAUGCUGUCCAUAAUACUCAGUAAAUGAUGGUAUAAUAAAAUACUGUACAGCUGCUAAAAAACCUUAUAUGAAAAGAACAAUAGAGUUAAGUAAAAUA